UACUUCUCGACGCGUGACUCCAGUUGCUGAUCGAACGCUCGACAGAUCGGUCUCGCGAUAUAUCUCGGAUCCGCAGUUCUCGCGAAAAGAAAACCGCGCGAAAAUCGCGGAAGCGACGUGGAUCGCUUAUGCGAACGUUUCACGAGAUUUGCUUCCAUAUUUCGGAAUAGUGUGAUGCGUGGAUUAUGCAAGUCGAAAGGGUCCGCGAUGAUAACACGCUGGUAUGUUAAUUCGCGACCGUCCCCGUGAAUCGCGGACAUUUAUCUGAGAAAGUACGAACGUACAACGAAGAUUGUCGUGCAAGUGCAUCGAAGCCUGUAUUCGUGUGAUUUCCUUUGUAUUGUAAUCAUAGUACUGUGUGGGAUAAUUGUACAAUUGCAAUCUGCGAUUUACGAUGAAUGGCGAUUACGAUUACUUAGAACAAGGAGACGCGGGAAUAUUACAGGAGUUGGCAUCGAUAGAAUAUCGAUAAAUGCAGCAUUGCCAGUCUCAUCAGUGAUUAUCAAUAAUCUGUUUUGGAACGAACGAGCUGUGAUACUAAUCGACAAGUUAUAAUCACUCUCUAUAACACAUACAAAUGAUGCAAUCCAAAUGAUAUAAAAGAUUUAAUUACUGACUUUCAAAAAUAUUGAAGGGAAGUAAAUUUAUCAAUGAGAGAGACAGAUAAUCUACACAAUCGAAUCUUCAUUUUUACCUGUAUAUAAAAUAGAAAUACAAGAUACAUAAAAUUGAGGGAUGUGCGAACGAAGAAAAGGCGACUAACGAGACACGAAUAUCCUUAAUUAAAUUAAAGUCAGCGCGUCAUACAAAAAUACGCAAGGCUAUGCUUGAUAGAGAACGUAAAAUUGAGGAAAUUUGACAAGUAGAUAGGAAAACGAUUGUCAUCAAUUACCAAACCUUGUAUCUUGAAUAACAUCGUGAGCAGAUAACAUCAUUUAACGAGAGAAGGCAGAAAAUUAAACGAAAGUAAUAAUUCGGUGGGACAUGGUGUUAUUAAAAACGUAAAUAAUGUACGAUUGAUUUGCUCCGGAAAAAUCAUGGAAGACGCAGCGACUAUCGCGCUUGAUUCCACGGUGAGAAGUCAACAUUCAAGUCGCUCGAAGGAAUCGAAGGACUCGGUGAAUUCAGAACUAAAGCCGGAGAGUUACCUAGAGUCAAAGCACUCAAAAGAUGUCCUUAUCCCGGAAAAGCAACAGCUACAGCAACAGCAUCAGCUGUCGAGGCGCGCAGAGGAUCAACAAGAUCUACGGGCAGAUUCCGAAACUAAGGACGAUUCUAAUUUGCUCAUGUUCACAUCCUGCGGACAAUUGCUGCUCGGUAUUGUUUUAGUCGUCUUUGGUAUCCUGGUGCUCGUCCACGGUGCUUCCUUAGGUGGAUCUGGCGCAGGACUUUGGGCAGGUGCAGCCGCUCUAGUUGCUGGCGCAUUAGGAGUGGUUGCAACAUUAGCGGCAUCGUCCACUAAAACCAAUUCUGCCUUUUCGUCCGCUCAUCUCGCAUCCAGCUUGAUCGCUCUUGCCCUCUCAAAUAUGGCCACUAUAACGGCAUUAACAGCGGUCGUCAGAGAUUCACAAAGGGCGCCGGACGUAUCGUUUCUCACUUUUUCCGGUGAUGACAGCAACGUAAUGGAAGUAGAUAACGGCUUGGCGGGUUUGCUAGCGAGCAUUGGCCUAUUGGUGGCUAGCGUGGCAGAGCUAUUAGUAUCCGGUUAUAGCUGCCUGACCUUGACACCGAAGUUAUGUGGCUGCCUGCGAGCGAGCACCACCGACGAGGUGAUGAUCGACGGUCACCUGAAGACGCGCAAUAUGGUUCACCAGUGGGUCGUCACGCAAAAUCAUAUGCCGACCAAAAGCCAACAGCCACCUGUCUACGUGGUGCAUCCGAUGCCGGUGCCAAUGCAUCCGAUGAUUCAGCCACCAUAUGGUAUGCCAUCGACUCCCGGGGGAUUUGUAUCUAGAUCUCUUCCGAUUUCGACACCGAUGCCAUACGGUGCUGUGCCCGUGUUGUCCCACAUGUCUCCGUAUGUUGGACGACCACAAUCUCAAAUGUUCCGGUCAAAGCACAAACGUCAGCCGUUCGCAGAUCAGGAGGAAACGAAAAGGCAUUUUGAAGUUAAAAACGAAUCCCCAAAGACAAUGUCACCGACCAACGAAGAUCAAGUUGAUCUGGCGCAGACUUAUACGGGAUUGGACAAGAGAAUUUCCGAGGAAUUUAUUUCGAUCGCAAUGGAUCCAGACAGAAAAUCCAAGGUUUCCAGCCAUCACGGCAGUGAUAUUGGAACGGCAAAAACUUUUUGAUAGUUUUUACUCACAUUGAAGUAUUUGACAUGAAAAUGAAGCAGUUGCUCACGAUUUAUGUCUAUACUAGAUACGACUUUGUAUCCAAGAUUAUUGAUUUAAAUCAAUCCUUCGUACUUCAUUGAAUACUUCAAUUUCAAUCAUAUUAAAUUCCUAUCUAUCGAGAGUGUAACGUCUUAUUAAAAUUAUUGCAUUUGCAAUUCUCAAGUAUGUCUAAAGUGUAAUGCAAUUUUGAAAGAGAGAUAUGAAAAACCACGUCAUUAACAAAUAAAAUUAAUAUAACGUUUAUUUCUUAUUGCCAAUCUUUUGCGAUUAUCUAAAAUUCUAUUUAUAAAGUUAUAAAUCUUUAUACUCAUUUAUUAUCGCUUAUGUUGCAUAAUUUAUUUAUUCUUACUGCUGUUUAAUUUCAAAAAUAACGACAAAUAACUUAUGCACAAACUAUAUGCAUAAACAAUACAGAGCAACAAAUAUAAAGAUUUGUAACAAUAUAAUUCUAGAAAUGGAAACUAUGCGUUUAACAAUAAGAUAAUCUUGUAUUUAUCUCACAAAAGACAAGUUUUGAAGUUUUAUUAAUAUCCAACGUAUAGACUCUUCUUAUCGUUAGUCUGUUAUAUCUAUACGUUUUACUACAAAAAAACUAUUAUACUUUUCAUUAUCGUGAAAUUAAAAUAAUUACUUUUUAUUGGUGAAAAUAUUUAUUUUUGUGUUAUAAAAAUCUUUAUUCCUUUUAAGUAAUGAAAAAUAAAGUUAAAGUUGUGCUGCGUUAAUUUAUUAAGCAUAAUUAAAUAUAAUGUUACAUAUAAUUGAUAUAUUCCUUCGAGUGUCUGCAUAUGAUAUCAUGUAUGUUACUGCUGAAAUGUUACUGAUUUAAACUGAUUAUUAUAUUGUACAGUUACAAUUUCUUAUUCAUAUUUCUAUGUUAAUUUAACCGUAUUAGAGCUUCUGUAUAUGCAUAUGUAAUAUAUUU